CUCAACAGACCAUGAAGACUUCACGACCCCUGCUGUACCUGAUCUAAACCCCGAACUGCAUUGCGUCACUCGAACACCUGGCUAGGUCUUGUGUAUCUGGAAGAAUCUCAUUUGGGAGUGCCGGUCCUUCAAUGUCAUCCAUCUCCGACCACGAAAGCGACCUGGAGCAUGCCGCCUUGAGCCAGUCAAGCCCAGCCCCAGCCGGCUCCGAGUCUGAGGUUGAGUCUGAAUCUGAUUCGCUUGACAACAAUGCUUCUCGCAAACGCCGUAGGCUGUCCAGUGAUUCUACAUCAAGAGGAGAUGUGCUUUCUUUGUCAGUAAAUGUGCCAUCGAGAGUAAAGCCAAGGGCUGCCGCAGUUCAAGUGCCGGCAAAUGUGCCUACGCCCGUGACUGUCGCCGAGGCUGAGGUCACUGUUCCCGGAAACUCAUCUUUGUCUUUCCAUGAUCUGAACCUGAGGCCAUGGCUUACCCAGAGUCUGAAAAACAUGGCUAUACAUCGCCCUACUCGCAUUCAACGGCUCACUAUACCUGCCAUCUUAGAAGGCCGCAAUGUGAUCGGCUCGUCUAGGACAGGCUCCGGUAAAACAGUGGCCUUCAUGGCUCCCAUUCUCCAACUGUGGUCUCAAGACCCGAGUUCGAUAUAUGCUGUCGUUUUGACUGCUACAAGAGAACUUGCUCUGCAAAUCCAGCAACAAGUGAAAGCUAUUGGUGCAGUGAGGUCCUUGAAGACACUACUAGUUACAGGCGGUGCAGACAUGCGCCAGCAAGCAAUAGAGCUCGCGCAGCGUCCACACAUCGUAAUAGCGACCCCUGGCCGCUUAGCUGAUCAUAUUAGAUCUUCGGGAGAAGACACUGUUGCAGGUCUCAAACGAACCAAGUUCGUUGUCCUUGAUGAAGCGGAUCGAAUACUUGCCGCCAACGGGCCUGGUAGCAUGUUGCCAGAUCUAGAAGUAGUCCUCGGUGUAUUACCUCCAUCAACACAAAGACAGACACUUCUUUACACGGCCACCGUAACCCCCGAGGUCAGAGCCUUGAAGGACAUGCCGGCAAAGCCCGGUAAGAAAGGGGCCUAUGUCUGUGAAGUGGACAUAGAAAAAAUCGCUGUUCCAGAUACUUUACGGCAGAUGUAUCUGCAAGUCAACGUUACUCACAAGGAAUACUACCUUCAUGCAUUUCUUCUCACCGACGUAAAUGUAGAAAAGUCACUCAUUAUCUUCUGCAACCGGGCCUCGACAGCUCAAUAUCUUCACCAUUUGUUACGGCUUCUGGAUCAUCGUGUUACAGCUCUUCACUCGAAGUUGCCCCAGCGGGAGAGGACAUCCAAUUUAGAGCGAUUCAGAGCCAAGGCAGCCCGAAUACUGGUGGCCACUGAUGUAGCAAGUCGUGGCUUGGAUAUACCAGAGGUAUCCUUAGUUCUCAACUAUGACAUCCCGCAAGAAGCAGUUGAUUAUAUUCACCGAGUAGGUCGAACCGCGCGAGCUGGUCGUAAAGGCGACUGUGUCUCGUUCGUAGGGCAACGUGACGUCGAGCGAAUUCAUAAUAUAGAAGAAAGUGUUGGCGGCAAGCAAAUGGAAGAGUGGAGUGAAGAGGGAGUGAAUCUGGAAACACGCUUCAUACGCGAUCAUAUGAAGGCCGUCAGUGAGAAGAAACGAGAGGCAUUGUUGAAUAUCGAAGAGCAUAGGGAAGUUGGCGGUAAAAGGAAAAAGACCAAGCUACGACUACAGUAACAGCCUACCACUAGUCAUCUACUUACAAUCAAUGAAGACAAUAAUAGAAAGAUAAUAUCCGACCG